UCGAAAUCCAAAUUUAGACUGUUCCCCAAGCAUUACUUGCAGGGGACCUAGUUCAAGCAAAUAACUGAUCCUUGAACACCCUAACCACCAACCCAAGUGCUCCAAUCCCAACUGUGUCUUGUAUCUCGCAGUGGAUCGAUGAGAAAGAAAUGGCGUUUGGUUCUUUGGUGGCAAUGUGUUUUGCCAAUGGUUUUGAGGGCACGGGGAAGCCCACCAGACGACAUCGUGAAAUGCAUGUCUGGCACAACGCAAAACUGCACGGUUACCAGUUCUUAUGGCACAUUUCCUGACCGCUCUGUUUGUCGAGCAGCCGAAGUUGUGUACCCAACAUCGGAGCAAGAACUGGUGGCAGCGGUGGCCAUGGCGGUGAAAAAUAAUCAGAAGGUGAAGGUGGUCACACGCUACUCACAUAGCAUCCCCAAGCUCGUGUGCCCCGAUGGUAACACGGGCCUAGUAAUCAGCACGCUGUUUUUAAACACUACGAUACGAGUGGAUCCAACCACAAUGCUGAUGAUGGUGGAGAGUGGAGUGACAUUGAGGGAAGUGAUCCAGGAGGCGGCCACGGCAGGGCUGGCGCUGCCCUACACACCCUACUGGUGGGGACUUACAGUUGGCGGGAUGCUCGGCACCGGGGCUCAUGGUAGUUCAUUGUGGGACAAGGGGAGUGCAGUCCAUGAUUAUGUGGUGGGCAUGAGGUUGGUCACGCCUGCAAGCCCACAAGAAGGUUACGCCAAGAUUCGGUCGCUAAAUCUGGAUAAUCCUCAGAUGAAUGCAGUUAAAGUUUCACUUGGUGUUCUUGGAGUUAUAUCUCAGGUGACACUAAAAUUGCAACCCUUAUUCAUGCGAUCCAUCACCAACUCGUUGAGAAGUGACUUGGACUUGGAGGACAUGGUGAGUAGCUUUGGGACGCAACAUGAAUUCGGGGACAUAACGUGGUAUCCGAGUCAGCGCAAAGUGCUUUACAAGGUGGAUGACCGGGUCACUAUGAAUGCAUCUGGUAUUGGAAACAUCGAUUUUAUGGGCUUUCGCUCCACACUUACCUUGGAACUGGUCCUCCUCAGGUCUAGUGAGGAGACUCAGGAGUUGACGCGAGAUGCAGAUACAAAAUGCACCAUGGCAAAGCUCCAAGUUGCCACACUUGUGAACACUGGUCUGGGAUAUAAGAACAACGACGUAAGCUUCACUAGUUACCCUGUCAUCGGUAGCCAUCACCGUCUCCAAGCCUCGGGUGGCUGCCUCGACAGUCCCCGCGAUGCACUGCUCUCAGCAUGCCCGUGGGAUCCAAGAGUGAAGGGAGAGUUCUUCCACCAAACAACAAUCAGCAUAGGGCUCUCAAAUGCCAAGGAUUUCAUAAUAGACGUGAAGAUGCUAAGAGACAUGGUGCCCAAGGGCUUGUGUGGAGUGGAGCUAUAUAAUGGGAUCCUUAUGCGCUAUGUUAAGGCCUCAAGUGCUUACUUAGGCAAGCAAGAGGACGCCAUUGAUGUGGAUAUCACUUACUACAGGAGCAAAGAUCCUAUGAAGCCUAGGCUAUAUGAGGAUGUGGUAGAGGAGAUAGAACAAAUGGCACUGUUUAAGUAUGGGGGUUUGCCGCACUGGGGGAAGAAUAGGAAUUUGGCCUUUGAUGGGGUGAUGAGGAAGUAUGCAAUGGGUGGUGAGUUUUUGAAGGUGAAGAAGAAUUAUGAUCCCAUGGGGUUGUUCUCUAGCGAGUGGACCGACCAAGUGUUAGGAAUCAAUGGUGGAGUGAGCGUGGUGAAGGAGGGGUGUGCGCUAGAAGGCCUUUGCAUUUGUUCACAGGACAUUCAUUGUGCCCCCGCCAAACAGUACUUUUGUCGGCCUGGUAAAGUUUAUAAGGAUGCUCGAGUGUGCACACGAAUCUAAGUCAAAAUUUGUUGUUUUCUAUUUCUUGAAUGAAAGGACGGUGGGCAUGAGG